AUGGCGCUCCUGUGCACCCGGCAGAAAGCCUCCCCCGUGGCCAGUGAGUCUGUGUGGGUCAACGCCUGCACGUCCAACAUGUCGGCGGAGCGCUUUACCUAUGCCGCCACCAGCAUCGAGGACGCCGACGUCGGGCAGUCGAUGCCCGCAGCUCACGCGGGGCUCACGCGGCUGGCGACGCGGCUGUGGGCGAUCGAUGUGCGGAAGAAGGAAGACCAUUGGGAGUUGUCCUUCGUCUUGCACACAGCGGCCACAUCUUUCCGCCUGCCAAACUUCAUGCUGAAGCCGUUGUUGGCCUCGUGGAUUAGCAGUUGCCUGGUCUCCAUCUGGCGCAUGGCCUCGGCACAGGUGGCGCCCAAGGGCCCCGUGUGCCUCAUCGCAGCCCGAGAGUCGGAGCCCAAAGCGGAAGGAACUCCAGUGGACGUGGCCGGGCGCAUGCUGAGCUUCGCCGGGCCCAGGAUUUGGUGA